AUGUACUCUCAAAACCUCGACCUUGAUGCUUUUCAAACUCGCUCCCCGAUGAUAUUCAAUCUUUUCAGCAAGUUAACAGCAUUUCUCCAGAACGACGAGGUUAACCCUCUCGAUAUCUCCGAGAACACGAAUUCCCAGCCGCCACCUCUCGAUUCCACAUCCAUGGCGUCCCAUCAGACAGUUACCGGCCAGGGGCAUGCUCCCCCGGCUGCACAUCCAGAGAGCAACAAUGCUCCACCACCAGGGCCGGUGCUACGUGUAGCAAUCAAGGGCGCCGUUCAACUCCAGCAACGGGGUCCGCAGCAUCUCUUCCCUGGAGAAGCUGUGCGACAAGGGAGGAGUGGAGCCCCAAAUGCUGAACUCUUUGUUCUUCGAAAGCAACCUCUAGACCAAGAGAAUGAGACAAUGAGGCAGCUCAAGACGGGCGAGCAAAUAGAGCCAUUUCCGGAUCCUUUUUGUGAAAGCCCUAUCUCUGGAGAACCCAGGGAACGGUUAGAGCAGACAUACGGACGGCUCGAAAAGUUACAGACAGAGUACAUGUCUCCCCCCCAACUGCAAAACAGCGAAUGGCAUGACGACGAAGCAUGGCUGGAGCAUAUCAAGGUCAUGCACAACCUGCUGUCCAAGAUGGUCCGGAACGCCGCCGAUAUGUCUGCAUGGUUGGAAGGCAUCGAGCUUCACCACUUGCUGAAGAUAGCCACAUAUGGAAUGGAAGAAGACGUAGCAGUUCUGGAACCCUUUACAAUCUUCUCCGACGGCCACAAGGCUUUGUUGAGAAACAAGUUCACCGAAUUCGGUACGCGUAAAGGUCUCUACAUGGCAAAGCCGCCAUUUUACAAGUUUGGGGACGACGAACCUCAAGUCGACAUGCAAAUCGAAAAAGUCAAGGCAGAGAUCGCGGGCAAAAGAUGGCUGGUCGCGCCGGUCAACCUCCAGACAGAGCAGCAGGCCUUGCACUGGAGCAUUACCAUCUUUGACCGGCUGACCAGUCAAUUAUACAUAUUUGAUUCCCUGAGGAAUUAUUCCAAUGAUGCGGCCCGGUUCCAGGCAACGGCAACGGGCUGGGCCCGGUUCUGGGACAGAAUGGGACUCCCCUACGACUUUCAGUUCUUCGUCCCGCUGGUAACCCCCCAGUGCAAAUCCUGGGAGUGUGGCUAUCUGAGUGCUGUCUGGGCUUUUCUCACGCUUCGGCUCAACUCCAACCAUGUCGCAGAGAACCCAAAUGUUCAAAUAUUGGAAAUCAAUUUAGGCACGAGAGACUGGGAAUGGCACAACUACCCACAGCCAUCACUGCUCAUAGCCGACUGGACGGGCUACGAAGCUCGCACGCAGAACACCCCAGAUGCGCUGGAGAGAGCCUACGAUCUGCUAUUCCUCAUCAUUUGCAACGAGCUGGGCAUUCCGGAGUGGUACAGCCAAGCCGACCGCAUCACAGAGAUGAUUUCCUGCCAACACACGAACCGGUCAUGGGUUCCUCGCUAUGAACAUCCGUUGUGCGAUGCUGGAGCUCAUCAGGAGCGAGUCGACUUACAUGUUACUACUUAUAGAAUCAACGGUCGGAGAAUCAACGCGGUUCCAGAUCAGAGUGAACGCAUCCCGCUUGGCCCAGAUGUACAUCGUUUGAUUUGUUCUCGAGCCGAUCAUCAAUCAUACAGAGAGGCUGGAGCACAAACUAUAGCAGGUCCGGGUCUGAUUACGCAGCAGCCAGUGGUAAACGAGCAGGAGGUUCGUAAUGGCGACAAGAACGCCGAUGAUGACAAAGACGAAGGUAGUGAGAAUCCCACAACCCGCCGAGUCGUAAAACCCAAGACCAAACCCAAGGCUCAACCCAAAAGUCGGGCCGGAGCUACCUCCAGCAAGAAAGUGGAAGCGCCUCCAGCUCCAGCUCCCGUAAGGACAAGGUCCGGCCGCCGGGUUAAAGCACCAGAUCGAUUCGAACCUGAACCUGAACCCGAGCCAGUCGCGCCCAAGCCCAAGGCGGCACCAAAGGCAUCAGAAGCAAAGCCUGCAAAGAAGAAGAAGAAUGCAGCAGCAAAGCCAGACCCACGCCGUGAUGACGCGAAGGGCGGUGCUACGAAGCCCACAGGUGCCAAGUCCAAGAAGCGAACUCUGGAUGAGACUGAGCCAAAAGCUAGUAAAAAUUCCACGCAGCCUGCUUCCUCGGAGAUGCCCAAGUCGAAGAAGAGGAAAGUUGCUGCUCCUCCCGCCGCCAGCAAGCCAGCCAAGAAGCAAAAGAAGGACACACGCGCCAAGAGCUAG